UGAUCAGACAGAGUGGAAGGAGUGAAGUGAUAGAGGCAGUUCUCCUGCAGUUGAAUGAUUUGUCUCCAUCAGGAUCAAAUUCAGAAUGAAUAUCCACCGUGUUCUGUUCUUCUGCUUCUUCUCAGCACUGUGUGGUGGAAACACUGGGCUCGUCAGCGCAAAAGUCAACAUUUUUACAGGAGCUGAGGGAGGAACUGGUACAAUUAAUUGCUACUUCACUCUGUCUGGAAGCAGGAAGUUCUUCUGUAAGAACGAAUGUAAAGCAGAAGAUAUUCUGGUUAAAACAGAUGAUGUCAGAGCUCAGAGUGGCAGAAUCAGCAUUGACUACAGAAACGGAUCUUCUGGAAGAGGAAUUGUGUCUGUGACCAUCACAAAUCUGAUCAAGUCUGACUCAGGACGGUACAGGUGUGGUCUGGGCGGGACUUCGGUUCCAGAAUCAUUCACUGACUUUGAGGUCAGAGUUUCAGAUGUGCCACUGGCUGGAUUUUCUGGUUUUAUCCUUACAAAUACUGAAGGAGAAGAUGUCACACUUGGAUGCGGCGAUACUAUUUACGGAACAUGGAAGUUCUUCUGUAAGGGUGAAUGUAAAAAACAAGAGGACAUCAUCAUUGAAACAGAUGGGAACAGAACUCAGAGUGGCAGAUACAGCAUAAAGUAUGAAGUAGGAUCUGCAUUUGGACUGGAAAUGAGCAUCACACAGGUGACCAAGUCAGACACAGGACAGUACAGACCCACGUAA